AUGUCGAUACCCAAGCAUCUCCAACCCCGGCCGUCAGUCCAAUGGGAUUUCACGGGCUUGAACGAGACACCGGUACCGGGAGCACAGCAAAUCAGCAACACGCCGCGCCCUCACCUUCACCAGGAUGUGCAUUCGAAAUUGGCGUCUCGCAAUCCUUCCAGCGUCGGAACCAAGAGACCCGCCAAUCAUGACCACAUCGGAGUGUCAGUCGCUGACCCGGAAACACCAUUCAAGAAGAUCAAGCUGGAGGACGAUUCUGAGAGCAUGAUCAAAGUGCCAAAAUACUGCGGUUUCGUCGAUCUCACGGGCGACAGUUCGGAUGAGGACCCGGCAAGGCCGUCAGCUGUCAAGGGCACAACGAAGACGAGAAUUCCUCAACCUUCCGCCGCACCUAGUAGCAAGUCUGGGCGAACAUCUCACGCAACAUAUAGUACUGCAGAGGCCAAUAUGAUGGGCGUCAUCCACACGCCCGCUCCGUCUUUCCUUACUACGAUCCCUCAAAACCCUUCCAGCCUCAGCGGGAAAAUAGCAGCUGAUGACAACAAUCCCUUCAUCAUCGAACGAGCGAAGAAGCAGCACACCGUCACGCGAGUUCCUUUCAACUUGGAUGAUUCGGAUUCAAAUUCAGAUCUUGAGCCGGAGCCUGCCACGGAGCGGCCGGGAAACGGGACCCGGCGUUUCUCUCUCUCGCCCAAACAUCAGAACAAGGAGGCUGAAAAGCUGAUCGAAGAGAAAGCAGCUCAGCUAAAGUAUGCUGCCGAGUUGAGGGGGAGAGCCGAGGCCAAAAAGCUGGCUGAGAAGAAAACAGCUGAGCUAAAACACGCUGCCGACCUGAGAAGCAAAGCGGUGGUCGAGAGGACAGCCCGAGUGCAAUCCAACGCCCGACGCUCAAAGCCUACCCACAGGUCAGACUCAGUGCUUUCCCCAUCUCACACGAAAGCGGAAUCAGUUCAGAAGCCCGCGGGAGCGUCCAAAUUCGCUACAGGGAGAAAGCUGGAGCCUGGCAGAGUUCCUUCGACCAGUGCCAACAUCUCGUCAACUUCAACGGAGAACUACCCGCACGGGCAGCAGAUACGCGCUCCGCCUACCCACGUAGCUCUCCCAGCGAUGAUGAGUGACCAUUCUGCCGUGGCACCUUCGGCGACGAUGAAACACACGCGCCUUGUUGGGGCGCCAUCAAAAUCCGAAGAUCAGCACGUGAGCCCGCUGCAAAAGGCAUUCACCAACAAGACUGGCGGAUCCACAACGGCUCACCCAAGGCUGAACACACUGCCUCUCAAGCAAAACGGUCCCAAGAAAGUCUCUUUCGAUCUCUCACAGGAUACUACGUCGGCACCACAGCCUAGCAUGUCGGCUGAUCAGGCGGGUUCCAAGAUCGAGAAGCUGAAGAGGAGUUCGCUGUCUUACUCAGCUACGCCGAGAAACAACGGCUCGGGCGGCCGGUCGCAGGCGCAGAAAGCUGAGUUCUCUGGAGAGGACCUUAUCGAGGCUGGAGAAGAGGCUAACGUGUCAGCCUCCAAGCCAAGGUCUGUUGUCAAUCUCGCAGCGAGUGAGGACUCUACGGCUCAUUCUUUGACGCAAGAUGACUUGUGCAAAGCUGCAUUGGCAAGGGAACUUACUAAGGCUGAGAUUGAGGCUGCUCGAGCCAACGAACAGAGACGACGAAUCGAAUCGCGCAGGCUGGAGAAGGAGAUGGCUGCAGAGAAAGCUAAGGCCGACGAACAGCAAGCGUUCGCUGAGCGUUCACGCCUUCUUACGAGGGCGCGUGAAGAACGGGAGGCCGAAGAAAUCCGGCGAAUUGAAGACAGGAGACUUACUAGUGCUAAGCUGCAAGCUGGCAUCCAAGAAAACAAGAAGGCGGAGGAUGAACUUCAACGUAAGAAACUUGAGGCGCGAAAGGAGCAGCAGAAGCAGCAGCGAAUCAAGAAGAUGAAUGAUAUUAAUGCCAGAAAGCAUAUUGACGCCGCGGCAGAGGUCCAGGCAAAUGCUGCUCUUCAGGAGUAUGAGGAUUCCGGCGAGCUGGUACUUGAAGGAGAACCCACUCAUGGUCGUAAUCUACAAGCAUCGAGGGACGCCAUGUCUGUCCGGAUUGGACAAGGCUCGGCGACUUCGACCGGCCCCGUCGCCCUUAACAGUGAAGCGGGCACGUUGUCGGUCCAGCGAAACUUUGCAAGGACGACAAACAUUGAGCCGAUGACGACUCAGCAGAGAAUCAUGCAGGAGGCGCAGAAAUGGGAGUAUGCCAAGAACGAAUCUUCAGACGUCGUCAAGACAUCCUCCCGCCAAUCUGAGGGGGACGUCUCUUCGGCCUUUGCAAGCGGAUCUGGCCGCAACUUCCAACGAGCCCAGGGAAGUUCCAGCACUACCCCCGGCUCGCCAGCACCUCGCAAGACGAGGUCCAAUGACCGUGCACUGGGGAGAAUCCAGAGAGAAGAUGCCAAGCUUAUCCAGUGGAGAGAUCAGGAAAACAUGGAUUGGAGUCGAAUCGCUGCUGAAUGGCUGAAGAUGACUGGCAGUAUACGCGCCGAGGCCACUUUGACCAAACGCUGUAGCAAAGUCAGAUCUGUGUUGAGGAAAGCCCAAGUGGGCCACACCUUGCUCCAGAAGCUGGCUGCUGGCGAUGAGCAUGCCUCUGAGCAGGUUAAUGCAAUGGUUGAGGCUUCGGAGGCUGCUGCUGCUCGUAGAGAUGAUACCACGGACCUAGCACCACUCGGAAGAGGACCAAUCAGACUACCCGUGCAGCCUCAACACACUAACGGUUCGCCUCUGUGGAAGCCUCCCGCCUAUGAAUUUGAGGAGAGUAGGGCGAUACCCAGCGUCGUAAAGCCACGCUCCGCUCCGGAAACCUUAGCAAGCCCUGAGGUGAGACCUACCACGGGCGGCAAGUGCUUAAAAUCUUUCUACGAGAUCAUGAUCGGACGGAACCUGGAAGCAGGUAACAAGGAAUCAAAUGUCGAAGACGAGGACGUGUCUUAUCCUGAGGAGGAAGAGGAUACCGAUCCCUACCAAGGUUUUGAGGCUGAGGACUACCAGAACUAUGGCUUCCAAGUUCAACGUCGUGAGCUUACUACCGAGGAUGCACAGAUGGGCUUUCCGAUUGAGAACCAGGAGUGGUUUUCAUGUGGACAAAUCUUCAGAAACUACGGGGAGGCAAAAGCUGCCGCUACGGCGGAGCUUCUCACGAUCAUGCCAGGCGGCGCAUUCUAUGGCGAUCCUGGUCAUGCGCCGGUUUUUCAAUACGCGUAUGUCGACUCAAAUCGCCUGGAGCGGUUGAUGUUCUGCACUCUUGUCAACCCCGUACACGGCACUGUGCAGACGACAGUGGAAAAGAUCAUACUGGCUCCUAGCGCCCGUAUGCCACCUCCAACCCGCGAAGAGUUCCAAGAAGAGUUGAAGGCAAGGGAGUUGUGGUAUAUCCACCAGCAAAUCACCAUUGAGCCUCCUCUCCCAGCUGAUUUCGAUCCUCUGUUUGAAGCUGCGCCAGAGCCAAUCACCGAGAUCGAGGGCGACAAGAUCGCAUACACAGACUACGACCUCGCCACGAAGCGAGCCGCGCAGAUCUUUGUGGACGCAACUUACAAGUCCGAACUGCAGAGUCUGAAUUCACGAAGCCAGGAAAAGCGGGACAAGGUGGAGGGGUAUUUGGCUGGAAUCCUUGCAGAUAAGACCUUUUCAGCUGAGAUGGAAAUUGUUGAGAAGAUGGAGGGAAAUGCUGCCAUCAGGAACAAGUACAUGGUCAAGCUGGGCAGCAAAGUCACUUUGGGUGUAUGGCUUGAGAGUGGAGAACUUCGUGGACCAUUGAAUUGA